AUGGAUGCUGCGGCGACACCAGUGGCGCCGACGACGGCAUCGAAUCGGGCAGCGAAUACUGGGGUACCGAGCCAGGCACGCCCGCAAGUCUGGAACAAGGACUCUGAAUCCGUCCGCUUCAACGCUGCAGACUGCUCAGAGUUGUAUCCGCCAGUAUCAGAACCGGAAGAGUCAGCAGUGGAAACCUUGACCACUUCUGCUACUGCUUCGCAAAGUGCGCUCUGUGUAGCGCUCUGGAAUCUGCUGCAGCGGCAACCCUUGCGCGAUGAGGACCGAGCUAUGCAGCUUUUCAAGUUCCAGGCUUUGGAUUUGAGUAACAAGAACCCCGGACAAACGAAUGGAAUAACUGCGGUACGGGUCAUUGCGCGUUUCUUGCACACGUGGUCAACGGUCUUUGGGCGUCCGGGGCACUCGCCGGCCGUACCCCAGCUGCACUGUUUCGAUGUGACGUGCAGUCGGCCCUAUGAUGAUCUAUACUUUUGCCUGCAUCGCGUGAUCAUCUCUUGUGCGCAACAUAUUGUCCAGUUCAACAUGAACUCGGGAGGUGUGUUUCGAUUCUGGAUGCGCCUGGACGGCUCGUUCGCCAUCUACGACGCAAUGCCGAUCAUUCAGGCACUCCGUCGACGAGGAUCAGGUGGAGAUCAUACAGCAUCCGACGAUGAUCAUGUAACCAUGGAGACGCUAGAAUCGACAGGUGCCUCCCAAAUGCCAAAACGAAAGAAAGCAAAGUCAUCCGUGAGCAGCGGCCCCCACGAUGAUCGAGACACCAAAGCGGUGACUCACAGCCGAUCAGCCGAAAUCGUUGCAUUGCAUCGAGUCGUGCCAGACCCGUUGAUCGAAGGAGCGAUCUGGAGGGAACAGGCUCGUUCACUUGCUCGUUCUAUGCUGUUGCGGUUCAGCGGGUCCAUGCAGGCUCUUCCGAACGUGCCGCUUUCGACGCUGGAAGGCGGCCUCGCGGUCGAUGCCUCGAUUCGAGCAGACGGCAUCGCAGAGCGACUACCAGGUACCUGUCAGCAGUCACAAAACCGCGUGCUGGCACGGCGGCAUCGGGAUCUGUGGCGCAAAGAACGCAAACUCCAGCUGCUUUUCUUUGCGGCAAGGCCAAGCGAACCUUCGUGGGUACUCAGCUGGCGCGAGAAACACGCCAUUGCACAUUUCACCGACUGGGCCUACAACGAGUGCGAAGACAAUGAUGAGUUCCGAGAUGACUGGAUGGCAUCGAUGGCGCACGCGUACCGUCAUGAUUCGCGAUUACCGCCUCGGAGAAUGGAUCAGGAACACCAGACGAUGGCGACCGGCGGAAACGUUGCGAAUGCUUCCGUAGCGACGCGAGUCCGAGACGCGUCAGAAACGAGUUGUGCGCAUUCGGGACUAUCGACGUGCACUGGAACGGCACGAUGCCGGUAUGGUGGUGUGGUGGGCCUCACCAACCUCGGCAACACUUGUUACAUGUCUGCUGUGCUCCAGGUUUUCAUGCGUUUAUGCCCGGUGCGCAACUUUUUUCUUGGAGAUCUUCAUCAGUCGUUUUGUCUGCGCCGUGUUGAGGCUUUGGCUCAGAGCCAGGACCCGGAGCGGACCUGCUUCAAUUGUGCAUUAGAUGCACUGAUGACGCAGUCGUACCUGGCGUCUCUGAGCCAGGCACAGUCGCAUGGCUACUGGCGACCUGUCGCAGAAGCGGCGCUAUCGGACAGAGAGACGCAGCUGUCAAAUCUGCAUACUGGCGCGUCUGGGUCUGUUCGUAGUGCCUCAAGCGCUGCCAAGGAGUUUGUGGAUAGCGGCAGGCCGGGCACAGCGCAUGCCUCAUCUUCCUCCACAUCCGAGUCGUCUUCGUUAGCGCUGUCGUUGUCGUCGUCCUCGUCGUCUAUGUCGGGAUCCAUACGAGCAGCGCGACAUGCUCGAACGCCGUCUGCUGAAGCAGCACGUCCACACGAAAUCGCGCUUCUGAACCAGUCGAAGCCGCUCCAAGGGAGACGUCGUCGUGGAACGGAGCGCAUGUCUGCUUUGGAAAAGAAGGAUACCCUAUCAGAUGUUACUACUGAAGCCGAUGAUAGGCUGCGCGGCUCUGGAAAACGAAAGCGCCGGGAGCGAACGCGCCCAAACGAUCAGAAAUCAAGCGCUGCCCGAACGCAUAGUACCAGCGCUACCAAGGGAGCGCUCCUAUCGGACAAACAAACGGACCGAGAGCCCAUGCCAGAGCACUUCCAGAAAGCGCAAUACGUGCGCUAUCCGUUAAAAGUGCCAGUGCUCGUGCCGCAGAAGCUCCUCGAUGUUACCUGGAAGUUUAUGGAGCCGCUCGCUACGUACGCUCAGCAUGACGCUCACGAGUACCUGCUGUCGGCUCUGAACCUCAUGCAUGCGCACUGGACGCCUACGCUCGACGAUGGGGAACGUCGCCUCCAGCUUCAACGGCGAUUCGUAGAGAGCGCUUCCGAGGAGCAGUUGGCCUUGCAGUCGGUAGCAGCGCAACUGUCGCUGCGUUGUUCGUGCCUGGCGCAUCGAACCUUUGCGGGUCUCAUUCAAAGUGAGAUUUGCUGUACAAAAUGUUUGACAUCUUCACAGCGUUACGAGGAGUUUUUGGACAUCUCUCUGGACCUCAUUCGUCCCGAAGACGAGCAUGCAGGCAGUGCGGCUGCAACAGCAGCAACAGCGACAACAACAUCGUCAGCGGCACGAUCGCUGCCGAAUACGCUCACAGGUUGUUUGCAGCGAUUUACUCAGGAGGAGCCGCUGGAUGCGAUUGGUGCAACCUCAUCCUGUUCGUGUGAGGAAGAGGCCCGGUCUGCUGGUGACGUGCCACCUAUUCGCACGAAGCAGCUCUCACUGAAACAGCUUCCACCUGUCAUCUGUUUCCAUCUGAAGCGCUUCAAACAGAGUGGUAGCGGUAGCCAGGUAACGCCGAGCAAACUCGAUGUCGAUGUUAUUUUCCCGGUACGAGGGCUCGACAUGACCCCUUUUAUGAGUGCGUCCGUGCGGCGAAGGAACGGUGUUGGCUCGGAAGCGAUGGCAGCACAGCAUCCGCACCGUUGUAUGCACCACGAACUGCAGGAUUCUGGGCCACGAAUUCUCUACGACUUGAUCGGGUACGUAAGUCACAUCGGAUCUAUCGACCAAGGCCAUUACAUCGCACAUGUGCGGCACGGUCGAUAUCCAGAGUGGUUCGUGUUCGAUGACGAGUCAGUUUCCGUGGAAUGUAGAACGGUUUGCGAGGACACGGAACCGGACGCGUCCAAUGCACGGAUCACCAGCAAGGAUGCCUACGUCCUUUUCUAUGAGGUUCGUCCCGAAUGUCUAUGGGUACGCUAA